AUGACCACCUGGACUUUCAAGGCCGAGCCCGGCAUCUUUGUUGAGAUUGCGGAUAUCGCCCACCAGUAUCCUCAAGGCAAGGUCACGACUCAGCCCAGCCUGGGCCUCAUCCCGGGUCAGAAAUAUCCCUCCGAUGAUCCAAGCGCAUCAGAUCAGCGGGACUGGGCUCGGCUGGCAGCCUACGUGAGAUGGCUCAAUGAGACAUGCCCCGAGAAUGUCUGCUACAAGCUGCUCUACCUGACGCGCCAUGGAACUGGAGUACACAACAAGGUCCAUGCUGAGGUGGGAAGUGAGGCCUGGAAUAGCAAGGUAUCAUUUCAGGAUGGAAACGACAAAGAGACUUGGUUUGACGCCUUUCUUACCGACGUAGGCAUUCAACAAGCAGCUGAACUCAACACCUUCUGGACCAAUCUCAUAGACAUGGACGGCGCACCUCUCCCCGAGAUUCUCUACACUAGUCCUCUUGCUCGCUGCUUACAAACAACAUCUCUUGUCUUUUCCUCACUCAUGUUGUCUCACUCCGCCGAGUUCCAGCCCGUGGUGAAAGAACUGCUCCGAGAGCGCAUCACCAUGCACACAUGCGACUUCCGAAGAUCGCGCACCUGGAUAUCGGAGAGCUAUCCCAACUACAAGAUCGAAGAAGGCCUCACCGAGGAUGACGGUUUUAGAAAGCGAAGUGGGCCAGAGACGAGGGAGGAGCAUGUCGAGAGGAAACAGCGGGCGUUGGAGGAGAUCUUUGAAGAAGCCAAGGAUAACCAGUUCCUGUCCUUGACGGUUCAUUCGUAUGCUAUCAGGGCGAUUCAGGCGGCUGUUGGAGCAGGUGUAUGCCGGACGAGAGAAGGGACGAGCCUUGCUUUGUUGGUUAGAGGGGAGAGACGAGGGCAGGUCAACGGGACAGCCGAGGGAUAA